AUGCUUCUCUUGUCACUCCUUUUAUGGGUAGCCGCAGUUUCGGCCAUUCUCGUCAAACCCACUCCUGCUAGCGAAGAUAGCUUCUACCAUCCUCCAGCCAACAUCUCCGACUACAAAAACGGUGAUAUUAUCGGAUGGAGACCUGCUCCGGCCAAAAUCAGAUCCAUCUACUUCCCUGUAAACGUCAAAAACGCUUGGCAGCUCCAGGUGCGCUCGGAAAACUCGCACGGUGAACCUCAACAGAUUGUUACCACUAUCUUGGAACCCUACGAUGCAGACCCAAAGAAGCUCUUGUCUUACCAGGCUGCUCAGGAUUCAGCCUCCAUCGACUGCUCGCCCUCGUACUCCAUGUUGUUCAACGCUCCCAUGAAUACCAUUGUGCUCCAGGCGGAAAUGGUCCUCAUGCAAACGGCUUUAGCUAAAGGCUGGUUUUUGGUUGUUCCUGAUUACGAAGGAAACCAGGGCGCCUUUACCGCUGGAAUCCAAUCUGGUCAGGCAACUCUUGACUCACUUCGUGCCGCUUUGAAUUCGGAAGAUCUCUCUGGAAUCGACCCCAAGGCCAAAGCGGCCUUUUGGGGCUACUCAGGUGGAACCAUUGCCUCAGGAUGGGCUGCUUCUCUCCAGCCCCAAUACGCUCCGGAACUUAAAGAAAACCUCAUUGGCUGUGCUGUCGGUGGCUGGGUUACCAACAUCACUUUGACUGCCGAGGCCACGGAUGGUACGCUUUUUGCUGGUCUUAUUCCAAACGCCCUCAAUGGCUUGCUUUCUGAGUACCCCAGUCUCGACGGUUUCCUUGAAGAAGAAAUGAAAGCUACCAAGAUCCUGGCCUUCAAAAAAGCCAAGGACUACUGUAUCUCGGAAGCCACCCGGAAAUACCUCUUCACCAAGUUUUUCAGCGGCAUUGGCAAGUGGGCCAAAAGAGGAUGGGGCGUUUUUGACAAUCCCCAGUUGCUGGAGGUGAUCACCAACAACACCGUGGCGCUCUCGCCCGACGGACCCAUUCCUGAAAUCCCCAUGUUUGUUUUCCACGGUAAGGCGGACGAGGUGGUUCCUUUUUCGGGUGCUCAAAGAGGCUACGAUAACUACUGUAAAUGGGGCAUCAACAGUUUCGAGUUUGCCAUUUCGAAAACCACAGGCCACAUUCUUGAAGUUCUCGAGGGCAGCGGUGCUGCUCUUGUCUGGCUUGAAAAAAUGUUCAAUGGUGAAAAACCGGUAGAGGGUUGUCAGGCAACCGAAAGAUCCACCAACAUUCUUUAUCCGGGCGCCGAUGUCCAGUAUCACCAGAUCGUGGCCACUCUUUUCAGCUCCUUCUUUGGUGGAAAAAUUGGCGAAACUACUGGAGACAUUGACGAUUCGACGUUGGUGAGCUGGAUGUUGCAGCAGAUUUUCGGAUGGGUGUUUACGUUCCUCGGACCUAUUCCGUUCAAGAGAGACCUCAGUGCCAACAGCACGGUGACUGAGUUGAAGGGCUUGAACGAUAUGCUUGCCUUGUGGAGAAGCCACGAUAUCGACGUUCUCGCCAAGACGGUUAUUCCAGAGUAG